CAUUUCCACCUCCAUCUUCGAUUUAUCAGUCGUUUCUGGAAACCUCUCUUCCCACCACAGAGCCAUGGCUUCUCUCUUAUCCAACGGUAUCUCCAUCUUCUCUCCCCAACCCACUUCCGACCCCCCCAAGUUCCCAAACCCCUUCCACCCCAACUUCCUCAAGCUCCAAACCCACUUCCGACCCUCCUCCUCCCGCGUCGUCAAGGUCCGCGCCGACGUCAGCUACGACCCCACCACCACCUCCCCCGACCCGACCAACAACUCCCCAGCUAAGCUCUCAACAAUUGAGGAGUUUCUCCGCAACCGCGACUACGACAAGAAAUUCGGGUUCAACAUAGACAUAGAUUCGAUUUCGAUUCCCAAGGGGCUGUCGAGAGAGACCAUUUGUUUGAUCUCCAAGAUUAAAGAAGAGCCGGUUUGGAUGCUUGAGUUUCGUUUGAAAGCUUACGAGAAAUUCCUGACCAUGAAGGAGCCCAACUGGUCUGACAAUCGAUACCCACCUGUGAAUUUUCAAGAUAUGUGUUACUAUUCUGCGCCCAAGAAGAAGAAGAGCUUGAAUAGCUUGGAUGAGGCCGACCCGGAAUUGCUCAAGUACUUUGAUAAGUUGGGUGUGCCUUUGAAUGAGCAGAAUCGGCUGGCGAAUGUUGCGGUUGAUGCAGUGUUGGACAGCGUCUCGAUCGCCACGACGCAUAGGAAGACUCUGGAGGAGGCUGGGGUGAUCUUCUGUUCGAUUUCGGAGGCGAUUAAGGAGCACCCGGAUUUGGUGAAGGAGUAUUUGGGGAAGGUGGUGCCGCCUGGGGACAAUUACUAUGCUGCUUUGAAUGCUGCAGUUUUUAGUGACGGCUCGUUUUGUUAUAUUCCGAAAGAUGUGAAAUGUCCUAUGCAAAUUUCGACUUACUUCAGGAUCAAUGCGCUGGAGACGGGGCAGUUUGAGAGGACUUUGAUUGUGGCGGAGGAUAGGAGUUUCGUGGAGUAUUUGGAGGGGUGCACAGCUCCUUCUUAUGACCGGAACCAGCUUCAUGCCGCGGUGGUGGAGUUGUAUUGUGCUGAGGGUGCGGAGAUUAAGUACUCCACGGUGCAGAAUUGGUAUGCUGGGGAUGAGGAAGGGAAGGGAGGGAUAUAUAAUUUCGUUACCAAGAGAGGGCGUUGCGCAGGGGUGAGGUCUAAGAUAUCUUGGACUCAGGUGGAGACAGGGUCUGCCAUUACUUGGAAGUAUCCGAGUGUUGUUCUGGAGGGUGAUGAUUCUGUGGGGGAGUUUUACUCGGUGGCUUUGACUAAUAACUAUCAGCAGGCAGACACAGGGACAAAGAUGAUACACAAGGGGAAGAAUACAAGAAGUAGGAUUAUUUCAAAGGGUAUAUCAGCUGGGAAUUCAAGGAACUGUUAUCGGGGCCUUGUUCAGGUUUUUUCACAGGCAGAGAAUGCUCGAAAUUCCUCACAGUGUGAUUCAAUGCUUAUUGGAGAUAACGCUGCUGCCAACACCUACCCAUACAUUGAGGUCAAGAAUCCCACAGCUCGCAUUGAACACGAAGCCAGUACCUCCAAAAUUGGUGAGGACCAGCUAUUUUACUUUCAGCAAAGGGGAAUAGACUAUGAGAAAGCCAUGGCUGCCAUGAUAUCUGGUUUUUGCCAGGCUGUAUUCAAUGAGCUUCCUGAUGAGUUUGGGUCUGAGGUGAAUCAACUGAUUGGCUUGAAGCUUGAAGGAACAGUGGGGUAGAUAAUUGUAACAGGACAUAUAAGGUGAGUCAAGCAAAUCCAAUCUUUUUGUCAAUGGGUGUAAAAUCCUAGUUUGCAAGAGACCUUGUCCUUGUACCUUAUAAGAUGGCUAGAAUAUGCACAAGUAUGUACAUAAAUAUUUGAUGUAAAUGUGUAUCCUCUGUUGCCAGAUUGUCCCACAGUAACUUGUUGAGAUAGAAGCACUAAUAACGCGCAGAAAACAUGUUGUGACAGAACUUUGCUUCUUGUUUGGCAUUAAUGUGCUGGUUAUGAAUUACUCUUUAAGCUCAAGAAUGUGUCAAAGUUGCCCAUUUUA